AUGGAGGCUGUGCCCGUGGAGGUGGCUCGGUCCGCGCAGCUUCGUCAGCUCGAGAGCACAAGCACCGUUCUCGCCGCCGCCGCCCUUUUGUGGGCCUGCUACCGAGCCACACGCUUCAUCGUUGAGAGCAGGCGGCGACGAGCGCUGCUCGCGUCGCUUCCGCCCGUCCGAGAUGGCGCGAUCGCUGUUGCUCACGAAUGCUACACAGCGACCGAGUGGCUCACCAUCGGUGGCGUGUGCUCGCUCGCCGAACUGGUGACGUCGAUCGGCGAGCGACGUUACGGGAGCAACGUGGCUGUGGACGCCAGCUUUGUGGACGCGUCGGGGCGUGAGCAAGCCCUACACGGCGGCCUGUCGCUUGAUGCACUGAGGGGUGCGCGCCUCUUGCGGAUCGUGCAGCGCGAUGGUCCGCGUGCGCCGUUCGGCGAGGAGGAGGGCUUGAUUUUUGGCGGCGGCCAGAGCCAACGGACUACACCCGCACUCCAGCACGACCCUGAGGACGACGACGACGAGCUGACGCUCAUCGGGAUGACUCCUGCAGUCGUGCCCAUCUCGCCGCUCGUCGAGUGA